AUGAACGUUCUACCGAACGGUAACGGUAACACAUUUCGCAACGAGCAACAAAAUGGUGACAAAAGCAACAGCAACAAUGCUUGUUUCAAGUGGAAAGUGCCUUUGGACGGCUAUUGGCAACAAACGCGCGGCGAGAUGGAUAAGUAUUUGCAGAAGGAAAACGGAAAAUCGGAUAAGUCGGAAAAAUCGGAAAAAUCGGAUAAAUCGGAUAAGCCGAUUCAGGUGGAGGUGUUACUUUGGUCGCCAUCGCCGCAAACUGUACCGGUAUCCUUUCCGGAGCCUCUCUCUGUCUCCGACGACUGGCGAUCAAUCGCCACUCCCGCUCCACUGGGCUCUCCGACAGAAUAUGUGCCGCCUGAAUCUGACCAGGACUUUGAGCCCCAAUCGCAGUCCGAAUUUGCACGGCAGUCUCACCCCGAGUUCGUAUCACAGUCUCACCCAGAAUAUGGCUCAGAGUCUCAAGCGAAGUUUACGUCAGAGUCUCACAUGCAGUUUUUACCAGAGUCUCACUCGGAAUUUAUAAAAGACUCUCAUCCGGAAUAUGCGCGGGAGUCUCAGUCUCAAUCACAAUUUACGCCAGAGUCUCAAACUGAGUUUUUAUCACCGUCUCACCCGGAAUAUGCGCGGGAGUCUCGGUCUCAAUCACAAUUUACGCCAGAGUCUCACACAGCAUAUACGCCAGAGUCUCACACAGCAUAUACGCCAGAGUCUCAAACUGCGUUUUUAUCACCAUCUCACCCGGAAUAUGCGCGGGAGUCUCAAUCUCAAUCACAAUUUACGCCAGAGUCUCACACAGCAUAUACGCCAGAGUCUCACACAGCAUAUACGCCAGAGUCUCACCCAGCAUAUACGCCAGAGUCUCAAACUGAGUUUUUAACACAAUCUCAGUCAGAAUAUGCGCCGGGGUCUCAGUCUCAAUCACAAUUUGUGCCAGUAUCUCAAACAGAGUUUACGCCAGAGUCUCACACAGAAUUUGGAGAAUUCCAACGAGAGUCUCACACAGAAUUUACGCCAGAGUCUCAAACUGAGUUUUUAUCACAAUCUCAGUCUGAAUAUGCGUCGGAGUUUCAGUCUCAAUCACAAUUUACGCCAGUAUCUCAACAACAAACAGAGUUCACACCAGAGUGUCACGCAGAAUAUACGCCAGAGUCUCAAACUCAGUUUUUAUCACAAUCUCAGUCUGAAUAUACGCCGGAGUCUCAAUCACAAUUUGUGCCAGCAUCUCAAUCAGAGUUUACGUCAGAGUCUCACACAGAAUUUGGAGAAUUUCAACGAGUGCCUCACACAGAAUAUACGCCCGAGUCUCAAGCUGAGUUUUUAUCACAAUCUCAGUCAGAAUAUACGCCGGAGUCUCAGUCUCAAUCACAAUUUACGCCAGUAUCUCAAUCAGAGUUUACGCCAGAGUCUCACGCAGGGUUUGCGGAAUUCCCGCCAGAGUCGCAAACUCAGUUUUUAUCACAAUCUCAGUCAGAAUAUACGCCGGAGUCUCAAUCACAAUUUACGUCAAUUUCUCAAACAGAAUUUACGCCAGAGUUUGCAGAAUUCCAACGAGAGCCUCACACAGAAUAUACGCCAGAGUCUCAAGCUGAGUUUUUAUCACAAUCUCAGUCAGAAUAUGCGACGGAGUCUCAAUCACAAUUUGCGCCAGUAUCUCAACAAACAGAGUUUACGCCAGAGUCUCACACAGAAUUUGGAGAUUUCCAACGAGAGCCUCACACAGAAUAUACGCCAGAGUCUCAAGCUUCUCAAUCACAAUUUGCGCCAGUAACUCAACAAUCAGAGUUUACGCCAGAGUCUCACGCAGGGUUUGCGGAAUUCCCACCAGAGUCGCAAACUCAGUUUUUAUCACAAUCUCAGUCAGAAUAUACGCCGGAGUCUCAAUCACAAUUUGUGCCAGCAUCUCAAUCAGAGUUUACGCCAGAGUCUCACGCAGAAUUUGGAGAAUUCCAACAAGAACCUCAUACAGAAUAUACGCCAGAGUCUCAAGCUGAGUUUUUAUCUCAAUCUCGGUCAGAAUAUGCGUCGAAGACACAACCACAGUUUCAGCCAGUGUAUCAAACAGAGUUUACGCCAGAGUCUCACAGAGAGUUUACUGAAUUUCCAUCAGAGACUCGCACUGAAUAUACAACAGAGACUCACACUGAGUUCUUACAAGAAUCUCGUUCAGAUUUUGUGCCUGAGUCUCAAUCACAAUUUGCGCCAGCAUCGCAAACUGAAUUUGCGCAAGAGUCUCACACAGAAUAUGCACAAGACUCUCACAUGGAGAUAUUGUCAGAGUCUCACACAGGAUUUGCAGAAAUUGCACCAGAGGCUCACACAGAGUAUGCACAAUUUCCACAAGAGUCUCACACAGAAUAUGCGACGAAGUCUCAAUCACAAUUUACGCCAGUAUCUGAACAAACAGAGUUUACUCCAGAUUCUCACGGAGAGUUUACAGGAUUCCCACGACAGUCACAUACAGAAUAUACGCCAGAGUCCCAAACUCAGUUUUUAUCACAAUCUCAGUCCGAAUAUACGCAGGAGUCUCAAUCACAAUUUGCGCCAGUAUCUCAAACAGAAUUUGCGCCAGAAGCCCACACAGAGUACGCGCAAGAGUCUCACGCAGAGUUUACAGAAAUGCCGCCAGAGUCUCAAACAGAUUUUACAGAAUUUGCGCAAGAGUCUCGCACAGAGUUUGCAGAAAUUCCGCCAGAGGCUCGAACAGAUUUUACAGAAUUUGCGCAAGAGUCUCACGAAGAGUUUGCAGAAAUACCCCCAGAGUCUCAGACCGAGUUUUCAGAAUUUACGCAAGAGCCUAACACACAGUUCGCAGAAAUUCCGCCAGAGACUCACACGGAGUUCGCAGAAAUUCCGCCAGAGACUCACGCAGAGUUCGCAGAAAUACCGCCGGAGUCUCGUAGAGAGUUUGCAGAAAUUCCACCACAGCCCCAGAACGAGUUUGCAGAAUUUACGCAAGAGCCUCACACGGAGUUUGCAGAAAUUCCUCCACAGUCUCAGACCGAGUUCGCAGAAAUUCCGCCACAGACUCACACAGAGUUCGCAGAAAUUCCGGCAGAGACUCAUACGGAGUUCGCGGAAAUUCCGCCAGAGACUCAUACGGAGUUCGCAGAAAUUCCGCCAGAGACUCACAGAGAAUUCGCAGAAAUUCCGCUGGAGACUCACAGAGAGUUCGCAGAAAUUCCACCACAGCCCCAGACCGAGUUUGCAGAAUUUACGCAAGAGCCUCACGCAGAGUUUGCAGAAAUACCGCCGGAGUCUCACACAGAAUUCGCAGAAAUUCCGCCAGAGACACACAGAGAGUUCGCGGAAAUUCCACCAGAAGAGCCUAACACACAGUUCGCAGAAAUUCCGCCAGAGUCUCACGCAGAAUUCGCAGAGAUUCCACCACAGUCUCAUACUGAGUUUGCAGAAAUUCCGCCAGAGACUCACAGAGAGUUUGCAGAAUUUACGCGAGAGCCUCAUACAGAGUUUGCAGAAAUUCCGCCAGAGUCUCAAGGAGAGUUUCAAGAAAUUCCGCCAGAGACUCACACUGAAUUUGCAGAAAUUCCCCCACAGUCUCAGACCGAGUUUGCAGAAAUACCGCCGGAGACUCACACAGAAUUUGGGUCAAGAUCUCACCCUGAAUUUGACGAUGACGGAUUUCGACGUCCACCGGCACCGCGCCCUGUGCCUGACUCCCCACCACCGUCUCCAUUAGAGCCUUCACUAAAGGUUCCCCUCCCAAUGGCAUCUCCCCUAAUCUUACCGUUAUACUCUCCCCUGGGGGCAUCGUCAGCGUCUCACGAAGAUUUCGCAGACAUUGAUACAGACUCUCGGUCAGAAUUUUCGCCGGAGUCCCAACAAGAAAAUGAGCCAGAUUCACAAACAGAAUUUAUGUCAGAGUGUCAAAGAGAAUUCGCGUCAGAGUGUCGAAGGGGAUUUGUGUCACAGUCUCAAUCAGAGUUUGAUGAGGAUGGGUUUCGGCGUCCGCCUGCACCGCCUCCUGUGCCCGACUCACCACCAGCAUCGCCACUAGAGCCUUCGUUAAAGGUUCCACUUCCAAUGGCGUCUCCUCUAAUCUUACCUCUAUACUCUCCGCUGGGCGCUUCAUCAGAAUCACACGAAGAUUUUGCAGACAUUGACACAGACUCUCGAUCAGAGUUCUCGCCGGAGUCUCAAUCAGAAACUGCGCCAGAGACUCCAUCAGAUUUCGUGUCAGAGUCUCAAACAGAAUUCAGGUCAAGACCUGACCCUGAGUUUGACGAAGACGGAUUUCGGCGUCCCGCCGCGCCGCCCCCUGUGCCUGAUUCUCCGCCGCAAUCACCACUUGAGCCCUCGCUAAAGGUUCCGCUCCCUAUAGCGUCUCCGUUCAUUUUACCGCUAUAUUCUCCGCUGGGGGCUCAAUCGGAGUCUCACGAAGAUUUCGACGAUAUUGAUACAGAGUCUCGAACUGACUUUUCGCCGGAGUCUCAGCCAGACACUACGCCAGAGUCUCAAUCAGAGUUUGACGAGGAUGGAUUUCGGCGUCCGAAGGCACCGCCUCCUGUGCCCGACUCCCCGCCAGAAUCUCCGAUAGAGCCUUCAAUAGACAUUCCGAUAGAUUCUCCGUACAUAUUUCCUCUAUAUUCUCCGCUGGGCGUCUCAGUAGACUCUAUGCCAUCGCCACUGCCAGUCAUUGAAGCUUCCAGCGAUCAGAGUGAAACACUACCUGACUCUGACGAUACAAUAACAGACCAAAUAGAUGAGAUGAAAAAGAACAGAGAGGGUGAGGCUGCCAAAUCAGCCAAGACUGCCACAACCGCAAAGUUUAUAAAUGCUGCCGAAAUUGUCAAGCUUGCCAAGAUCAGGUCUGACAUAUUAUCUGCCGCCAAAACUGACAAGUCUGCCAAGGCAGUGCUUCAGGUGCUUCGUAAGGAUAAGCCUGAUAAGCCAUACGUAAGAUGUGUCGCCAACUCGUUCCGUCAAAUGUUUACGUGUGAAAUUCCAUCGUGCAAGAAGGUGUUCACAAAGGUGUCGCAUUUGAAGAAUCAUAUGCGCUCCCAUACUGGUGAGAGACCAUACAAGUGUACCUGGGAAGGUUGUGGCUGGAGCUUCGGACGGCCUGAUGAACUGUCCAGACAUAUGCGUAAACACACGGGGGCGAAGCCCUUCACCUGCCGCCAUUGCGACAAGCCUUUCUCCCGCAAAGAUCAUCUUGCCGUACACCUCAAGCGACACAUCCCGCUAACUAAACUUCCAUAAACCACGCGUGUUUACAUAGACGUGUAUUUUUGUGAUUGUAAAUAUGUGAUUUAGUUCAUAAAUUGAAUGAUUGGUUAAAUUAAUUUAGAAUUGGAUUCUUCCUGACUGAGUAAGUAGUAAAAUAGAAUACUUUUUUAAUUAUAGCCUAUUGUAAUAAAAUGUGAUUCAUUUGUUAGGCUGUGAGUUGUGAAUAUUAAUAUGGAAUUGUAAGUCAUGUGCGCAAGGGUUCCUAGGCCAAAUUACUGAAAUUCCGUUAAUUCUGUGUAUUCAUAGAAUAUUCCUAUAUUUAUUGUAAGUAUCGUGAAAUAUAAAUACGAUUUCUCUUGUAUCAUCUUAAUACAUUUGAUUCUAUUUCUGUUUAUAGAAAAUAUUCCCACACAUUCUCAACAAAGACUUAAUAUUUUCGGCCUAGUUAGAAAAAAAAUUCGAAUUUCCAUGUAGAAAAACGUACAAUAAUUUUCCGGUUUUUCUUUUAAUAGUACUAAUUUAGUGAUGUGGUAUGGGUCGAAACGUACAACAAUAUUCCGGUUUUUCUUUAGUACUAAUUUAGUGAUGUGGUAUGGGUGGAGAAACGUACAAUAAUUUUUCGGUUUUUCUUUUAAAUUGUACUAAUUUGGUAAUAAUGGUAUGGUAACCCUGCGCGCGGUACUUCAACAGCGUCGAUUGUACGAAUAAAUGAAUGCUAUCUUGAACAUAGCCGACUGCCUAGAUUAGUCAAUACUUAUUGCUUUAUAAUACUAAUGUUUUAUAGUUACAUUUUUUAAAUCAAUCGAGUUUUUUCGAAUCGAUAUUCGUUUUGGAUUUUUUAUAAAGUUACCUUAUUAUGUAUAUUUUUUUCAAGUUUGUUAACAUUUUAUUAGGAAAAUAUGUUAUGUAUAAUGUUUUUAGUAUUAUUGUUAACGUUUUUUUGUUGCUAAUUGCCGCACUCAGAGAUAUUUAAUGAUUACUUAACACAUUGAACGCCGUGGUGGUCACCGGUGACCGACGUUAGCGGAGGAUUUGCCUUCAUCAGUUUUCUAUUGGCAGUCAAAGACUUAAACUAUUCCUUAGUAACGAUUUUGUAUGAAAAGCAAUUGCUAAGGACUGCGUUAAGUAACCAUUUAAUGACUCUGAGUAUGGCGGUAAGAGUAAGAUUUAUAAACGUUAUGUGCCAAAUAGUUGUGUUUUUGUUAAUUUAUCGUUGUGUAUUACAUUGUUUUUAGAUAAUAAUGUUAUUAUAUUAUUGUUUAAGUUUUUGAUCCCGUUUUUUGUGAUAGCGCGGUGUACGGAAAUAGGCUUACAUAAAUCGGUCAUUAUUUGUUCGUAAUAAUAUAUGUUUGUCAAAGUAAAAACUUUUGAACGUCAAAGCAAAUAUAAUAAUAUGAAUAACAUCUGUCUGUCGGUCAGUCCUCUAGUUGCUCUAUUUGCUCGUUCCAAAGUGUAGAUUCCUAUGGAGAAGAACGAGCAAGAAACUCCGUAGGUUACUCUUUUUCAAUCAGAUUCACAAUACAAUUCUUGGUUACAUUGUUUCGUAUCCGUAUGUAAAUUAAAUAUGAGGAUGUGUGAAUUUAAUAGGAGAAUUACCGAAAUAAUUAUUUUAAAAUUGUUGUCAAUAAUGACAAAUUAUGUGAAAGUUAAGUAAACAUUCCCCGUAAGAAUACCUAUGUCCGUACACGACGUACAUUUUUAUAGAAACCGUAUUUUCCGAAAUUUUUAAUUAGGUAUAUUAUCUACUAAAUAUUAUGACGGCACUAAAAAUAUUGUGUUCGAACUUGCCUAUCAAAUCAAACUAAUUUAAUCAUUUCUUCCAUUAACGAAGUCAUUGAGACGUUUUUUUUAAAAACUUCGCUCAAAAAUUUUUAUUACGUAAUAUUUUGUAGGUUAUGUUGUCUGAAUGACAUAUCAAAUGGCGGGAAACCGUCAACAGUCGCUGUCAUUAUCUAUGGGCGUUUGUCCACCGCAUAAUGGCUAACAUUUUAAUGAGACUAUAAAAUAUUUAAAGAAGUCCUUUUUUUUUAAAUAAAUCGAGACUGUACUUAAUCAGUAAAAUUUAAGAUUUUUUGUCUAAAAUGGGACAUUUUGGGUUCGUCCACAUACAGAUCGGCUCGGAGGAGGAUAGUAAAUUUUUAUGACGUUCAAAAAAGUGUUUUAUCUAUAUUUGUAUUAAGGUUUAUUUUUUAAAGUGCACUGUUAGCAAAUUUUUAUCACGUUGAAAACAAAGUUUUACGUAUUGGUAUCUCGUUUCAAUUACUUUAAACGUAAAGCAAACUCAUACUCAGAUGGGGCCCAGUAGGGCUGAUGCCUGAUCCGGAGCUUCGGACUACCUAGCGGGUUACCGGGGCUUCGGUUCGAAGGGCAGAAGUAGAAACGGGGCAGUUUUUAGUCAGUAAGAGUCUGACACUCCCUUCCUCCUCGCUCAAGGCGGGGGAAGUCAUUGGAUGAUUUUCCCCUAUUAAUCAAGCGUAUAGCUACGAUCCGGUCUGUGUGAACGUACCCUAAGAUUUUCAUAAAUACGUAAUAAAAAAAAUAUGUCCCUGUAAAUAUACUAUGUGUUAGUACAAUAAGCUACUCUAUCGUAUUAUAAUAAAGACUAUAAUCAAUUGAAGCACCAAGUAUAUUUUCUAAUGCUGUAUACACGAAUUCUUAUUUUGAAUUUUUAAGAUUCCAUUUUGUUUUUUAUUAUUAUAAGCACAAAUGUAAUAGGGUAGAUGACAAAUUUUCAUUUUAAUGUCCGUCUUGUAGAUUACUUUAAAACAUUAGACACGUAUUUUUUUAUUUUCUUACGGAAACAAAUACUUUCGAAGAUAGGUAUAUCGAUUUGAAAUAUCGCGUGAUGUCACUUUUGAGUACGUUUUAUACUCAUUCGUUUUAUCUAAGUAUUUUAAUCUUAUACGACAAAAAAAUACGUGUCUAAUAUUUUUUCAUUACCUAACUGACGGACUAAAUAGAUUUGUAAUUUUCAUACCCCGUCAUCAUCCCUAUUAUGACACAAAAAUAUAAUUACUUGGCUACUGAUAAAACUACCAUGUUUAAUAAAGAAUAACUCUGAACGGACUAAGAUUUGGAACUUGGCGCCAUAGUAACUUUUAUUCAGCUCAAAAUUACCUAUAUAAUUAUGUAACACACAUAGCUAUUGGAAGGUGGGAGCAGAUUUCAUAGAAACUCUGGCUUCCUCCUUUUUUUUACAAUGGUUAGUGUUUUUAGUCCAAAUAUACAGCGUGUAACAAAAUACCCAUAUACAUCAAGAAGCACUGAAGAAUACAGGUUGAAUAGAAUCUCUACACAAAGUUUCAGCUCAAAAUACGUUUCAAAAAAAAAAUUUGGUACCAAAUACUUGGUGUCGGAUAGUUCUUGAUUUUAAAUCAUACAAACGUAUUACAACAAUACAGGGGUCACUCGCUAAUCGUAAGAAACAUUUUUUCUUCUGUAAAUCUGAUCGCUACCUAUCUACCUAAUAUUGAUGUUCGGUUUCUGGAAUUUUAUGUAUUGGAAAAAAUCAUAACUUGGUUCCAUGAAAACAUGAGUUUAAAAAACCCUUCCCGUAUCGUUUGUUAUGUUAUCUAGAAACCGUGCACUUAAUAUGUAUACCCUCUUUUUGUUACACCCUGUAUAUUGUAACUUUUUUUUUAUGAAAAGAAAGGUUGUAAACUGUAAGUAAUGUACUACAUAAUCCAUUAAAGGUAAGCGUCCACAGGCCCGCAUCGUACGCAUUCCGUAUGACGUCAUCGGUACGCAUCGCAUGUAGGCAUUGCCGAUGAUGCGGUCCGUACGAUGCGGAUCAGUGGACGCAGUUGUAUGAGUUUCUAUACAAGACAAACUAAAAUCCGUUGCGUGCGAUGCGUACGAUGCGGGCCUGUGGACGCUUACCUAAAAAUGGUAUUUUUUGGUAGUAUUUUUUUGAUUUGUAUAUUUUAUGAUUUUAUAACGAAAUAAGAAUUUAGUAUUUAAUAAUCGAUCUAUUUUUCACGGCAUAAAUAAAUAAUCUUAUUGUAAAUUAUAAUAUUGUAAAAAAUCCUAAAAUACAGUAUUAAUUUUAUCGGAUGGACUGUGCUAUAGGGUCAGUGGCUGGGCGACCGGCAGCUGUCCUACGUGUUGCGGGUUCGAUUCCCGGACGGAACAAUUUUUUGUGUGUUCCAAUAUUUUUAUAAAUCAAUGGUGCUACACAAAUGGUUAUUCCGAGUAUGGGUGUGAUAUACAUAUAUAAAAAUAUGUAAAAAAAUAUGUGUAUUAAAAUACAUACCUACUUACGAACGACACAGGAGAAAAUCCUAGUGUUGGAUAAACAUUUUUUUUAAUAAAAAAAAUUGUAAUAAAAAAAUCUGGUUUUAUUAUUUUGCGAAAUAUUUUUUCCUUGACUGUACACGAGGCUCAACCCCAAGGAGCAACCAGUUUACCAUGAGC